GCCAUGCUCGUUCUUUUCACGAAUUGGUUUGUCAACUAAGUGAGCUAGGCGGUAAAUUAACAAAAUGCAGAACGAAGCCGGAGAAUGCGUGGAUAUGUACAUCCCUCGAAAAUGCUCAGCAUCAAACAGAAUUAUUGCUGCUAAGGAUCAUGCCUCAAUUCAAAUAAAUUUAGCAGAGGUUGACGAAACCACAGGUCGUUACAAUGGUAACUUCAAGACAUACGCUUUGUGUGGAACUAUCAGACGAAUGGGUGAAUCAGAUGAUUGUAUAAACAGAUUAGCCGAGGAGGACGGUAUUAUGGCCAAGUAAACAACCAUCAAGGAUCAAUAAUUUCAAGAACCACCAGGAUGAUGUUCCGUAUUAAAUAGUGUGCAUUUCCAUGUUUUUAAUUUGGGAAUAAAAGCAAGCUACACUUACAAA